AUGUCAACAUGCAAAUACCAAAGUUGUAUCAUUGCUCAAGCUCCUGAGUAUAUUAGUUAUCGAGUUCGACUUCGUUUUCUUACCUUUGAGAUCGAAGCGGAAAACGAUUGUAGCUACGAUUAUGUUGAAAUUUUCGAUGGUUACGAUACAACUUCUCAUCUAAUUGGACGAUACUGUGUUCUAACUCAUCCACCUUAUAGUCCAUACCAACGUCCGUCACAUUAUCAACCACCUCCAGUCUAUUAUCCUCCUCCACCUCCACCUCCUCCGACUGUUUAUUACCCACCACCUCCUCCACCUCCACCACCAGUCUACUACCCCCCUCAAGUCUAUUAUACAAGGUCUUAUCCUUACUAUCCAUAUCCAAUUUACUAUUAUAUCGUUUAUGAAUGA